AUGAAGACCUGGACUAUUACCACUAGCGAUGGUGUUAGUCUGAACUACAACCAAAAUGGUCCUGACGCUGGCAAGCCCUUACUUUUUGUUCCUGGAUGGCGACAGGGUGCUGCAGAGUGGAAAAAGCAGGUCGAAUACUUUGCUGAGAAUGGAUUCAGAGUCACCACCUAUGACAUGCGAGGCCAUGGAGAAUCUGCCAAACCCAACUUUGGGUAUCGUGUUUCUCGCUUCGCCGCCGAUCUGAACGACCUCAUCACACAAUUGCACCUCAAGGAUCUUACUAUUGUCGGUCACUCUAUGGGUUGCUCCGUCACUUGGGCCUUCUGGGGCCAGUACCCUGCCUCUCACAAGCUGAUCCGCAGGCUUGUCUUUGCUGAUCAGUCAGCCGACUUUGUCAUCGACCCAACCUGGCCCAAGGAGAAGGCCCAAGAGAUGGCUGCCAUAUUCACUCCCGAUGCAGUCUACCAAACUGCCGCCGACUUGGCAGCUCAAGGCCCAGCCUUGGUGAAGAGCAUGUUCACCGACGCCGUCAGCAAGGCCGACUACGACUGGGUUAUUGCCCAGAACAUGAAGAUGAGCGACAAGAACGCCGGUACUCUCUUGAUUGACCAUGCCUUCCGGGACUGGCGUGACGUUCUUCCCAACAUCAAUGUUCCUACCUUGGUUAUCGCUGGAGAGCUCAGCAUUUUCCCUCACCAAGGAGUAGAGUGGGUUGCAACCCAGAUUCCCGGCGCUCAGCACUAUACCUUUACAGCUGCAGAAAAGGGUAGCCACUUUAUGUUUUGGGAGAACCCUGAGAAGUUUAACUCGGUAGUUAGAAAUUUUAUUGAGGCAUAA